AUGUCUUCUGCCACGGGACUCCCAGAACCACCUCCGGCUAAUGGCCAUCGCGGUCACGGCCAUGGCGAGCUGGAGCCUCUGCUUGGACGCCCCGGCGAUGCCCAGCAACCAUCCGGCAAGCUGAUCGCAACAAACCUCGUUCUCGGCACCGGAAUUAUCGCCCAAUUCGGCGCCGUCAUUCUCGUCGCCAUGAUCUGGGCUGCUGUACUGACCAAGGACGUCAUCUUCUUCUCCUACCACCCGCUAGCCCAGAGCCUCGCCAUCUUCACCCUCAUUCAGUCCAUCCUCUCUCUUCAGCCGACGCAUACACCGGACCAGAAGCGCGUUGGCCAGCGUGUACACGCCGUGCUCAAUCUUCUCGCUUUCCUGUUCCUCGUAGCUGGUGUCACCAUCAUAGAAAUCAACAAGUUUCGCCAGGGUCCCGGCUCCCAUUUCCACUCCGUGCACGGCUACUUCGGCGUUAUCCUCUCCGUCAUCCUGCUUCUUCAGUAUCUCGUUGGCUUCACCAUGUGGGCUACUCCGAAGCUGUACGGAGGCGAGGACAACGCCAAGUCCAUCUGGAAGUACCACCGCUGGAGCGGCUAUGUCGUGCUUGUACUCCUCCUCAUCACUGUCGCGACUGCCACCGACACCCCUUUUAACGAGAACGUUCUCAAGCUGAAAUUGUGGGCUGUCAUCGUAACUUCCCUCUUGGUGGUUAUUGGAAUCAUUCCGCGGGUACAGAAGCAGAAGCUUGGAUUAUCUUCGUAA